AUGGAGGUAGCAGCUGGUGUGGAAGCCCAAUCUCAUCCGGAGGGUGCUCCCGACGGUUUAGCCCCAAGGCACGGCGCAGCCGGAGACCGAAGACCAUCGCUGGCGGAUGCUGGGGAUGGCUGCUGCGAGCCGCAGGAUGGCACGUCCCUGAACGCCCGGUUGCUGGAGCAGCUGAACGAGCAGUUCGAGAAGAAGCUCCAGCUGGUCGAAAGCGAGCGGCUGGGCGAACCCUUCAAGCUGUCCGUCUACACGGAGUGGGUGACCAGCCUGCGGACAGUGAACACCGAGCUAGUGCUAUCGCUGCGCGAAAUGCAGGACACCUGCAUGGAGCGUAUGCAGGUGAUGCGGGCCGCCUACCUCAAGGAUCUGGUACGGUUCGGACCAGACGUCCACCUGAAGCGGCUACCGAUCGCCGACGAAACUAUCCCGGUCGAGCCCGGGGAGGAGAUCGUCUCGCUCGAGUUAAGCAGCAACUAUCCCAUCGUUCCGAGCACCGACGAGAUGCUGGUCCGCGAGCUGGAUUCAAAGUCACGCACGAUUGACGAUCUGCACAAGGAGCUGGAUGAGCUGCGCCGGGUGGUGACCGAUAAUGGGUCCAUGCUGGAUCAGCUGCGCAAUAUGACCCAUGAACGCGAGAAGCAGCUGGAUGAUAAGCGCAAAGAGAUCGGCAUACUGCAGCAGCAGAUUGGCUCGCUGAACGAUCAGCUAUUGAAAUCGAAAUUGUCGACGGCGGCUUCCACCGAUAAUCGGAGCCUUAUAUCGGAGAUUACCGACCAUCAUGAUAAGAUUACGCAGCUGAAGAAGAAGCUGAAAGAGCAGGAAGACAAGCUGCGGCAGGCCAACACCGCCAUCCAGUUUCGCGACGAGGUGAUCGCACAGCAGCGACAGGAAAUUAAGUUGUUAAAUGAGAAACCUUGCCUGGAACAGGCUCCAACCGGUCCACCACCUAUUGCAAUGCACAGUGAAUCUUUCCGUUCGUUCCUGCCAAAAGCAAAUUCGACGGCAGCGCAUGGUACAACGCAAAGUUUCCUGUCGGGAACACCCAAGCUGCUGCUGGAUGAACUCGAGACCUUACAGAAAGGUGGCGAAGCGGAAUCGCGAUGUAUUCAGUUGUUGAAACGCGAGCUGGAUGAGCUGUACGCCCAGCUGCACGAGUACAAGCUCGGCCGUUUCGAGACAGAUAAGGGGCUGCUCCGGCUUCGGGGCGCCUGUGAGGAGUUGCUGCAAGCCACCGGAAAGCAAACGGGAUGUGGAGACGGUUGGAGGGAGGACUGUGACGCCAGUAGCGGUGGUUCCCUUCGGUUCGAGGAUAUUGACGAGCUGAUCGAAGCGAUGCGAGAUCGUGGGGAAGUGUUGUGCCGGAAACUGUUAGCUGAUCAUAGGCCGGGUUGUGCGAUCGAGCAGGACGAAGGCAUCGGUAGUGUUAGCACGUCCCGACUGGAACAUUCCGAACCGUUCAGCCAUAGGGGACAGCAGCAAGCGAUGGCCGUUAUCGAACAGCAGCUGAAACGUUUGCUAACGGGAAAGGAACACAGCAACAACAGCGCCAGUGAGUCGCUUAGUUCGCUCUCGCUCGGACUCGACGAGGGUUGCACCUUGCAGGGGUUGAUCGAUGACCUAAAGAAGGAGAUCGAGUCAAAGGAUCUAGUGCUGCGCGAUCGGCACGACGAGCAGGGUCGAUUGCAGCAGGAACUAGCCGUCCGAGAUCGAGAGCUCAGUCAGUGUCGGGCGCGCCAGGAAUCGAUCGACGGCGAACGGACGUCCUUGCAAGAAAAGAUCACCAGCCUGGAAGAGUGUGUGGACGAUCAAGGUCGCACGAUCGCAAUGCUGAACGUGGAAAAAGUGAAACUCGUGCGGCAAGUGGACGAUCUCAAGGAGACGCUGCAACAGUACCGGGACAAUCUGCAGCAGACGAGCGAGGAGAAGGUCGCCAUCGAAGACGAGUGCAAAAACCAACUCGUCACCAUCUCCAACCUGCGCGUUGCCCUCGAGGAAACGAAGCGCAAUGGCAGUUCUUCUGUGGGCGUUCUUCAUGAGCUGGUGGAAAACUUGCAACUAGAGGUGAUCCUUUUGAGCGAGCAGUUGAACGAUGCGUUUAAAGAGAACCUGGCAAAGGACAAUGAGCUGGAGCAGUACCGCGAUUCCAAUCUGCAGCUCCGAUGCCAGAUGGCCGAGCUGAGCCGUGAGCUGGGUGAUCUCAAGGACAUCUCCGAUGCGGUAGACUUCCGGCAGGAGUUAACGGAUCAAAAGGAUCGACUAUUCGUUCUGCUUAAAAAUGACGCCAGGCAGCUGCAGGAUCAGAUGAACGGGAUCCGCAGUGAGAUCGCGUCACGACAGCAGGAUCUGGGACAUUUGAACUACUUCCGGGAAAAGUGCGCCGAGAUGGAGCGAUUGCACGAGCUGGAAAUGAGUCAACAACGAAGCAAGCAUUCCAGCGAGCUGAAGCAGUUGCGAAGGGAGAUCGAGUCUCUGAGCAACCAGCUGGCUUGUUCUGCGGACACGAGCAAACAGCACGAGGAAACGGUGGAAUCGUUGGCGACACUGCAAACCACGAUCCUGAAGCUGGAUGAACACAACCGAGUGUUACAGAAGGCCAUCCUGUCGUACCAGGAGAGCAUCGUGCAGCUGGAGCAGCAGUUGGGCGGAUCCCAGCAUCAGUUGGAAACGGUUCGGCAGGAGCUGGACGAGUUGCGGGCGCGCUGCGAAGAACAGGAAGGCAAAAUCAGCACUCUAAGGGCGGAUAAGGACCGCAUUUCGGGUGAGCUUCUGAUGCAGCGGAAGAUGUGCAAGUGUGGUUUCAACGCCAACGGAAGUGGAUCUCGUGAACGAGCAAAGACGCCCUUGUCCCACUCGCUUCAGAAGCAGUUGGCUCAGAAAUCGCUGGAGCUGAAGCGUGCCCAGGAUGAACUGGAGCAACGUAAUGACGAGUGGAAAGCGCGCGAAGCAGAGUACGUCAGUCACCGGGUUCGGACGACGGAGCAGACGACCGAGCUAAUCGAACAGGUGAGCGAAUUGAAAGGCCGCCUCGGUAACGUGGAGCAGUCAGUGCACAUGAAGGACGAGCUGAUCGAGCGGUUGCAGCAAAACCUGCGCGAUGUGAACCGGAAGCUCGCCGGUAAGCAGGAUCAGCUGUCGGAUGUUGAAUCGAAGAGUGUGCACUUGUCGGACGCUCUCGAACGGGCACGCCAAGAGGCGUUGGGGUGCGAGAAACGCUGUACGGAAGAGCUGAGCAACAUGCGGCGUAGCUCGAUGGAUCAGAGGAACCAGCUGCAGCAGUAUGAGCGUCAAAUCAAUCGUUUGCGGGUGGAGUUGGACGGAUUGCGCGAGAAGUGUGACCAAAUUUCCAAUGAGCGGGAUGUGUUACGUGCUGAAUGCCAAGGACAGCGUGAGCGACUAGCCACGCACGAGGGAAAGGAAAGUGCUCUCUGUGAGGUGGUGAAAUCGAAUCAGGACGAGCUGACCAUUAAAGCUUCCCGCGUGUUGGAACUGGAAGAAGGGUAUCGUAAGCUAUCGAACGCUCAUCAGCAGCUGAAGAGUUCCCACGAGGACCUCAGCAAACAGUUCCGGCUGGGGCAGCAGGAGCUCGACCGACUGCGGGAGAGUUCGAGAAAGCUGCUAGAGUUCAAACAGCAAACGCUUUCCACCAAAGAACUUACGCGCAAAACCAUUGCAGAGUGGAAGGAACGUGAAGCUCAGUACAUGCAAGAGAUUGGAAGGAUGAAGAAGCGCACUGAGCUGCUAGAGCAGGAUCGUUCGAAGCUGGUUAGCAAACUGAACGCGUACCAUCGGGAUAACAUGAUCCUUACUCGUCACAUGCAACAGUCGCAAUAUCAACCGGUCCAGCAGAUUCCUUCCCGACAACCUUCGCCACACAACGACAAUCGGAGAAGCUAUAACCUCACGCCAUUGCAUCAAACAUUUUAUCCACCGGAAGCAUUCAAAUUGGUUCGAUCAAGUAGCGAUCCCAACUGCAACGAGCCGGACGAACUACUUCAAAAAGUGGAGUACACGUGUAGCCAAUUGCAGCAGAUCCGACGGUUUUGGCAUCAAGGUCUGAAAGAAGCGCUCCCAAAUGAUCCAUAAACGAGGCUGGGGUUUAAAUAUCUGCGGGCUAGAAAUAUAUGCUUCUCACGUGGUCUUGGCACGGGUAUAAGAAUUUACACCAUUUGUUGUUCCAAUGCUUAGAAUUACCUGAUACUGUAGGUAAUCGACGAACGGGGAGCUAAUAAGUGUAGUGUGA